CCCUAAAAUUGGUGACAUGGGCUUGAAAGAUAUCCUUAGCUCAAAUUACACUAGCUGAUUAUCCUGAGACAAUAAUCAGAGGCCUAUCUACAUCUGGCUGCGAUUCAAGCUUCCGAGCAUCCUCCCUCCAUUCUCAACCUUGAGAAUUUUCAUGUUAUGACAUGGUGAAUCCCUUCCUUUCCUCUGCUCUGAGUAUCAAUGGCGUUCACUGCUGUCGGGAUAGCAUUGAAGACUCAACUCACAUUUCGUCGCCCUCUGGUUUUCUGCGUCCGAAAGGUGCGAUACAGCGGUUCUCUUGCAGCAGUUGAUUUGGUUGCUGAACCAGUGUCUAAACACGAAGGAGAAGUAUUUGGGAGGGAUAACAAGGGACACGAAUGGAAGAAGUUGAAUUCUGAAGUACUGGGGAUUGAAACAUGGAUGAUAUCGAAGCCUACGCGGGUGGUAUUGAACGGGCUAAGGAAAAAAGGAUAUGAGGUCUACCUUGUUGGAGGUUGUGUGCGAGAUCUUAUAUUGAAGAGAACUCCAAAAGACUUCGAUAUCAUUACGUCAGCUGAACUUAAGGAGGUGCGGAAAACAUUUGUACGAUGCGAAAUUGUUGGGAAACGAUUUCCCAUAUGCCAUGUUCAUGUCUAUGAUACCAUUGUGGAGGUUUCAAGUUUCAGCACCUCUGUUGGUAAGUCCAGUUGGAAGUUGGGUAAUAAUUUCAGUAAACCUUCCGGCUGCAAGGGGCGCGACUAUAUUCGCUGGAGGAAUUGCAUACAGCGAGACUUUACUAUUAAUGGGUUGAUGCUUGAUCCAUAUGCACAAGUAGUGUAUGACUAUAUGGGAGGGAUGGAAGAUAUCAGAAAAUUUAAAGUGCGUACUGUGAUACCUGCAAAUGUUUCUUUUGUGGAGGACUGUGCUCGCAUUUUACGUGCAGUCAGAAUUGCAGCUCGUUUAGGAUUUCGUUUCACCAAAGAGACGGCUCUUUCUGUAAGAGAAUUAGCUGGCUCGGUGUUAAGACUUGAUAAGGGGAGGAUCCUCUUGGAAAUGAAUUAUAUGCUGGCUUUUGGGUCUGCAGAAGCUUCCUUGAGGUUAUUGUGGAGAUUUGGACUUUUAGAGAUACUGCUGCCCAUCCAAGCAUCUUAUUUUGCUUCCCAAGGGUUUCGGAGACGUGAUGGGAGAUCUAACAUGCUUCUAUCUUUGUUUUCCAACCUCGAUAAACUUGUGGCACCUAAUCGGCCAUGCCAUUGUAGCUUAUGGAUUGCUAUCUUAGCAUUUCAUAAAGCUCUGUUUGACCAGCCUCGGGAUCCUGUGGUUGUUGCUGCAUUCGGCCUAGCUGUCCACAGUGGUGGAUCUUUGUCUGAAGCUGUAGAAAUUGCAAGGGAGAUCUCCCAACCAUAUGUCCCAAGCUUUGAUGAAUUAUUAGAACCUCGAGAUAUAGACUUCAAUGAUGCAUUAAUGGAUGAUGUUAUUGAUCUUUCAGUAUCUGUCAAAGCUGCAUUAUGUAAGAUGACAGAUCAAUUUUACAUUUCCCAAGCAAUGGCCAAGUACCCAGAAGCACCAUACUCAGAUAUGGUUUUUAUCCCAUGGGCAUUGUCUCUGAGGGUAUCCAAGAUUUUUGAAUGCAUUGGAAGAGGAAUGGAAAGAGGAUGUGUCCCCAAAAGGGGGAAACAAAUUAACUAUGAGUCUUUGGCAUUAGGGAGCUUGAAGGAGGUUCGACAUUUGUUUGCUAGGAUUGUUUUCGACACUAUUUAUCCUCCUCACCAAAACAGAGACAAGCACAUUGCUACCUGAAAAUUUUUUGUAGUCAAAUAGUAUAUAAUGUGAGCAAUAACUGGUUAUAAGAACCAAGUUUUGAGCCA